GAUUUAGUGAAAAGUUUCAUCGAUUACAUACUCAUUUGAUCUUGAAAAAGUUGUUUUGACUUGUUAAGAAGAAUGCUGUGUCGACAUUUGAAUACACUUACUUUAAGACCAUAUGGUUUUGUGAGAUCUUCCAUUUUAGUACGCCAGUUUUGUUGCACCAAUGUCAACAAGAACUGUGAUUCGUUUACAUGUUUUAAGCUUCAAAAAUGUAAAUAUCAUAUACCUAGCAACGUUGAUUUAGAAGGGUUUCGACGCCAUUUUUCUUCGUCAUGUUGGUAUUGUUGCAGAAAGAGUGACAAAGAUGAUGGUAGGCGUAAAGAGAGUAUACAGCCAUUACAGGGUGAGAGCAUUAAGACGAUUCCAAACAUAAUUACAACAUGUAGAAUUAUUUCUGCGCCAUUUCUAGGGUAUAUGGUUACACAUGGUCAAUUUGAAAUGGCACUUGGUUUGUUCAUCAUAGCAGGCAUUACUGAUCUGCUGGACGGGUACAUUGCCAGGAAUUUCAAGGGUCAAAUGUCCAGUUUUGGUACAUUUCUGGACCCAUUAGCUGACAAGGUGAUGAUGACUGUGAUGUUUACUACUCUAUCUAUGGCCCAUAUUGUACCAGUGCCCUUGACUGUGAUCGUGGUAGGAAGGGAUGUAUUCCUUAUAGCAGCUGCUUUUUAUAUCAGAUACAUCUCUAUCAAACCUCCAGUAAAUAUGAAAAAUUUCUUUGAUGUUUCAAAUGCAAGUGUCUCACUGCACCCUUCAACAUUAAGUAAGUACAACACAACUCUCCAAUUAAUACUGGUUGCCUCAGCUCUGACUGCUCAGGUGAUGGGAUGGCCAAAUCAUCAAGCACUACAAGCUCUCUAG